CUCCCUCUUUAGUCCCAUCCGAGCCCUAACGCGCUAGUGUGGACAGGGAAGAAGGGGACACGACUCGAUUUUGUGGAAGGACCUCGGAUUUCUUGCAUUGACCAACGUCCGCGACACGGUCUUGUUGAGCCCUCGCCGGUCAAAAAUACGUAUACAGCAAAGAAAAAAAUGUCAGCCCACCUCCCUUGUCCCGUGCAUCCUUUUUCUCCAUUUCAUUUGCUUUCUUUUUUUGUCUCCUCACACCGAGAACUCCCUAAAAGGAGAAGAAGAAGAAGAAGGUGGAGAGAUAUUAGUCGUCUAAUUUAGCAACAUAUCACAAUGGUUCAUUAACUUCAAGUUGGAAUAAGUGUUCUGCCAUCUCAAUAUUGUAGAACCAUUGGAAGGGCUGAAAGAACUGAUGGCACAUUUCCACAGAUCCUACUAGGCCUUUUAGUUUAAGUCACAGAGUGGUAUUUUUAGCUCUUUGAAAACACUAUGGCCAGCACUGUCCCUGGAGUCCGUUUUGUCAGAUGUCCGAAAUGUCUCAAGGUUCUCACAGAAUUUGCUGAUGUUCCAGUGUACAAGUGUGGUGGAUGUGGCACCAUCCUUCGAGCUAAAAACCGUAUUUCUGGUGGGCAAAAUGUGACUCUUGGAUCAGUUGGGAACACUUCACAGAACUUACCAGAUAGUGGCUUCUUGAACUAUGGAUUGUCCUGUUCAGGGAAGGAUAUGGUUUCCAUUUCUUCAGAAUUGGAAAGUGAAAGAGAGAAACCAGUACCUGUAAAUAUUCAAUCAUCUUGUCCAAAUGAUUUAAUUGAUGUGCAUGAGAAAGUAGAAUCAUCAGAGCAUGAAGAAAAUAGAACUGAAGAAAGAAGCCUCGAUCAACACACCCCUCAGCCAACUGAUCUUCUUGGGCCUGAAACAAAUGACAAAAAUAUUGAAGUAGAUAAGACUUCAAAGCUUUGUCAACAGGGUCGUGAAAGCUUGAAGCUUAGUCAUAGAAUGGAAGAUUCUAUUGAAUCUACUGACCUUUAUACUUCCUCAGAGGAGGACACAGCUGGUGGAGUGUAUGACAAUAAACAUGGUAAUAUUUUGAGAUCAACUACCAGAAACUCUCGUGCUUAUGAUGCCAGUGUCUCCUCUGCUGAUGAUGGCUGCAAUGAUCAUGUUUGUAAUAAUCAUCCCAUCUUACCUGAAAGUGGUUUUACACAGAAAAAGGCUCUGGACUCGAUUGAUGCUGAAGGAAAGGAAGCAGAAGAAGAUGACUCUGAGGAGAGAAAGAUGGUUGCUGAUAUUGGAGCAAAACUUCAAGUUCAAGAUUUUCCAACAAAGGCAUCAAAUGAGAUGCUUGGCUCAGCUGUCUUGGAUCAGUUUGAUUCAAAUAUAGAUGAAUUUUCUUCAAAGCAUAAGAUCCAUGCACGCAAAUGGGAAACUUCACUCGAUUCUGAAGAUUUCCACUCAGUACAGAACACAUUGGAACCAGAUAAUGGAGGGUCUUUGAGAAUGUCAAGGGGUACAUUCUCUCAUGAUGACUCACUCAGCCAUCCAUAUGGCAGCUCAUCAGCUAAGCUCAAGUCUUUUAAACGUGCUGGCAUGAAGAUACUGAGGAAGGUUGAUGAAUUGAGGGAGGAACUUAGUGAAUUACUUGAUAAAGCAGUGGAAGGGAAGGGAAGGCCUCCUUUCAGAGGCACCCUGCAGGAAAGCAUCACCAAAUCCCUUAAUACAAACUUAGCUCACCAUCCUCCUAAAGUAUAUGAGCCAAGAAUACUUGUUCCCCGACAAAAUAGGUCUUCUCAGAUUCCUUUACCAAAGCGACCCCCCUGUUCCUGCUUGCAUGGCCAUCAUGAGGACCACGAAAUUUCCGUAGAGUUGCCACAUAAUAUCUGCGGUCACAAUGGGCUCUGCAGGGCUUGUGCCCAUGAUAUCCCUUGCCAAUCUUCUAAGGCUGUCUAUCCAGGACUGCAUAUGUAUUCUAGCCUCUCAUCAUGUGGUCACAAGGCUAAGGCACCUAAUGUUAAGUCAGAGAAGUUGCAUUCCAAGGAGAAGAGGCAGCCAGUGAAGCAAUAUUGUCGGCCUGUCUUUGGGGGUGCACCUUUUGUUAUAUGCUACAGUUGUUUGAAGUUGCUUAAGCUGCCGGUGGAUUUUUCCACAUCAAGGAAGAGAUUGCAUAAGCUGCAGUGUGGUGCUUGUUCCGAAGUUCUUCUGUUCUCAUAUAGAGCCAGACCUUAUACCAUUCCUUGCACACCUACUGAGGCACGACAUCCACCGAGUGAGGUUGACAAAGGUACAGAAACUUCUACUGUAAAUGAGAUUUCUGCUUCUCAUUUUAACGAUUGCUAUAGGGGGGAUCCAAUAUCUUAUUCUGAAGAGUACGGUCUCUCAUUUGGUAUGUCCUACUCUGCUGAAGUUGAACCUGCAUUACAUGUCUCAAGGAACUCUUCUGAUAUGAUGGAAGGGAGAGAUGGUAUGCGAGGAACAGGUUUGCGACUUCAUCGACUCAUGGGUUACCCUUCAGCUAGUGAAAUAUUGCAUCAACCUUUUGAUGUUGAUGACGAAUGCAAAAGCUUGGAACCGACCAUGCAUUGUCAUAGGCCUGAGGAAGAACAUGUGAGAGUUGAUCUUAAAGGGAAAGGAAUUUGCAUUUCUGAUGAUUCAUCAACUGGGAUUUGUAAAUGCAUGGGGAAUAUGUGUUGCCAAAGAGAUUGAGAACAAGGAGGAUAGGAUCACUUUGUACAGAUUGUUGAAGAAGGGGAUAUGAGAGGUGAAUAAUGGAUUAGAGAUCACGAAGCUAAAAGUCCAUUCUGAUGGAUCUCACUGAGAUUCAUAGGUCAAGGCAGGGAAUGAUGGGCAGCUACUUUGAGUAGGUUAGCCUAGCUGAAGGUGAACCUUUUAGGUUUUUUUUUUUCUUUUUUUUUGUUUUUGUUUUUGUUUUUGUUUUUGUUUUUGUUUUUUUUUCUGUUGGUUUUCGGGGGGCGGGCGGGGAUAUCAGUCUUGUUCAGUAAAUACACAACAUGAUUCUUUAAAAUCUGAAUAGAUAGCUCAAGUAUGCAAUAAACUAGUCCUGUAUUUAAGGUGCUUCACUUGCAAGGCCCUCAAUUUUUACCUUUUGGCUGAUAUUAAUUUCUUUUGUCUUCAAAUGUGAGUACAUAAAUCUUUUCAAACAUGAUAUUAUACUUGUAUGGUUUCAAAUUAUCACUCUUGUAACAUCAUUACAUUUGAUGGACAGAAUAUGGUGGCAGAGCUGAGGAUCUGCUCAGCCAGUUAUCUAUCAUCAGCAAAUUCCAUGUCCACUCCUGUGUUGGCAAGGUGUAAAACUUAAGCUGUUCCUUGCAGCAUGUACCAGAAAGUUUUAUCCCUCAUUGGUUUGUAAUAGUCUGUCUUUUGCUCCCGUAACUAAAGUUCUCUGACAUGCUGCUGGACUAUUUAUGGCUCCAUCAUGCACUUGGAUACUACUCUUGUACAUUCAAUUGAUGAAUUCUAUUGUGUCUAAUGCUAAGUCAUUGUAUAAAUUGUUCUGUUUUUAAGAAUUAUCAUUACUUCUAAAA